GUAUUAAGAUUAGUUUCGCUGCCGAUCUCAGAAUAUUGAUAUCGCGAAAACAAUGUCCGCACCUAGUACUACAAGUCCUAAAUUCGCCUUUCCUGCUUGGCUGAACCAAGCAUACCUAGAAGACGCUAUUCGCAAUAAAUAUAAAGACAGUUCUGUAAAAAUUAGUAAAUUCGAGCCUUCACCAGCUACUUCGGUAGGCGAUAACUACGCGAGUGUUUUGUUUCGAAUCGGAAUAGAGUUUGAGAGUGACAAGUGCAAACAACCUCAACGGACCAGCUUUAUUCUAAAAACCUCAUUCCAACAGCUUCCAAAUACCGAACCAAUUGAAGCUCUGGAACUUUACAAUAUAUACCAGCGAGAAAUCGUCUUAUAUGACUGCAUCUUCCCUAAGUUUCAAAAUAUUCUGAAGAAUAUUGGCUGUGUGGAGGACUUAGUCCCAGAUACUAUUAAAGUUGAUCGCCACUGUGAUGGGUUGUUAUUUGAAGAUCUGAAGCUUCGAAAUUACAUUACACUUGAACGAAGAGUUGGAUUGGAUAUCGAACAUACCCAACUUCUUCUGAGGAAACUUGCAAAAUUCCACGCGGCCUCAAUUAUUUUCAAUGAGAAGGAGCGUCAAAGUCUGGAAAAAUUCGAUUACGGCAUAUUUAACAAACACACUAGAAUAUAUGCUCCCUUUUUCACCAGUUACUUAGAAACAUGUGGGGAGACAGUCUCUGAAUGGAAAGGGUUUGAACAACUUGGCGAAAAGUUGAUCAAGUUAAAAGAUAAAGUAAUGGAUUACGGCGAGAAAGUAUUUGAAGUGAAUCCUAAUCACCUCAACGUUCUUGCCCAUGGCGACCUUUGGAAAAAUAAUGUCAUGUUCCAAUACGAUAAUUCGGGAAAAGUGAAAGAUGUUAUAAUUUUAGAUUUUCAAUUUACUUGCUGGGCUUCACCAGCAAUUGAUUUACAUUAUUUAUUUCGAACAUCAUUAAUUGAGGAUAUUCAAGAAGAACAAUUAAAGGACUUUGUGGAGCAAUAUCAUUCAAGCUUGUCAGAAAUCCUGACGGCGCUAGGGUAUCGUGGCAAACUCUCUACAUUCCCACAAUUUUGGAUUGAGUUUACGAAAAAGAGCUUCUAUGGUAUAAUAUUUAAUUUACAGAUCCUUCAUGUAUUUGUAAAAAAAUAUAUUUUCAGCCGUCACUUCUGCAUUUGUGGUACAGCCCCUUCAAAUUAACGAAAAACCUGACGAGGGCAAUGCUUUCGAUUUACUUGGAAAUGACGAACAGUCCAAAAAGUUUAGAAGAAUGAUUUACAGCAACCCCAGAGUCCAUAGAACAUUGAAGAAAUUACUACCAAUUUUUGAUAAGCAAGGAUUACUAGAUUGAUUGAUUGACUACUAUAGCAACUGCUUCCUGAAGAUAACUUCAGUUAUACAGGGAACAUUAACUUUAGAUCUGUAAGUUUGCAGUGGUUCUACUACAUACAAAAAUGAGCACUUGUCAUUAUUAAAAAGAGCUGGUCAAUUUCUUUUCA